CCUCCUCCCUUUCCCGGUUGCCGCCGCCUGCCUGGGUCGCUCCUGUGGCGGCGGCAACAGCAAGCAGCAUGGCGGCCGUGGAGCCCCGAGUGUGCGAGACGGCGGGGUGCAGCAGCGAGGCCAAGCUGCAGUGCCCGACCUGCAUCAAGCUGGGCAUCCAGGGCUCCUAUUUCUGCUCGCAGGAAUGUUUCAAGGGAAGCUGGGCUACUCAUAAGUUGCUACAUAAGAAAGCAAAAGAUGAGAAAGCUAAGCGGGAAGUUUCUGCCUGGACUGUAGAUGGUGACAUUAACACAGAACCUUGGGCUGGCUAUCGAUAUACUGGUAAACUGAGGCCACAUUAUCCAUUGAUGCCAACAAGACCUGUGCCGAGUUAUAUUCAAAGGCCAGAUUAUGCUGAUCAUCCUCUAGGAAUGUCUGAAUCCGAACAGGCCCUUAAAGGAACUUCUCAAAUAAAGAUUCUUUCUUCAGAUGAUAUAGAAGGGAUGCGAGUAGUGUGUAGGCUUGCUAGAGAAGUAUUAGAUGUUGCUGCCAUGAUGGUGAAACCAGGUGUAACUACUGAAGAAAUAGACCAUGCUGUUCAUCUAGCGUGUAUUGCCAGAAAUUGCUAUCCUUCCCCGCUGAAUUAUUAUAAUUUCCCCAAGUCUUGCUGUACGUCAGUAAAUGAAGUAAUCUGCCACGGAAUUCCAGACAGGCGGCGCUUACAAGAGGGUGAUAUUGUUAAUGUGGACAUUACUGUUUAUCGUAAUGGUUAUCACGGGGAUCUCAAUGAGACAUUUUACGUUGGAGAAGUUGAUGAGGGUGCAAAGAGACUAGUCCAGACAACAUAUGAGUGCCUAAUGCAAGCAAUCGAUGCAGUAAAACCUGGUGUUCGGUAUAGAGAGCUGGGAAAUAUUAUACAGAAACAUGCUCAAGCCAAUGGAUUUUCAGUAGUUCGGAGCUACUGUGGCCAUGGGAUUCAUAAGCUUUUCCACACUGCUCCCAAUGUGCCACAUUAUGCCAAAAAUAAGGCUGUUGGGGUAAUGAAACCUGGCCAUGCGUUUACAAUAGAACCAAUGAUCUGUGAAGGUGGGUGGCAAGAUGAAACCUGGCCUGAUGGCUGGACAGCAGUGACACGAGACGGCAAGCGGUCUGCUCAGUUUGAACACACACUUCUGGUCACGGAUACUGGGUGUGAGAUCUUAACCCGGCGGCUGGAUAGCAUUCGCCCUCACUUCAUGACCCAGUGCUAGUGUAGGCCAAGCUGAGAGGCCUGAACCAAGCAUCUCCUGACUGUACUAUGCAUUUUUCUAAAGUACAGACUAAAGGUGGAUUUUAUCAGCAGUUUCCUUCUUGUUGACUGUAGGUAAGAGAGAUGCAACUUUGCAUUUAUGUAACUUGGAUGAGCCCUGGUGCAAAGGAUUGAAAAGGAGAGAGGUUUUAGAGCACUUUCUCUACUUUCUGCACUCCAACACUGUCUGAAUCUCUUAAAAUGUCUGUUGCCCUCCCAAGUGGGCACCAGAUGGUUUCCUUACUACUAGAGUUAUCAGCAGACACAUUUUCACAGUGGAGGCAAGGCUUUGAGAAACAAAGCUUUUCUGCUUUUACAAGUGUUUGCCUGAGCUUUUAAAUUUUUCUUGUUCCAAAGGCAAUCCUUGCUUAGUUAUUACUGAAAAGACAGUUUUAGUGGGAUAUAGGCUUUCCUCUGUUUGUAAUUCAGAGGUGCAAUUAGGUACUGGAAGGUGUUACCUAGUAUGUCUACCUUCAGAGUUUUGUUCUGUUUGUCCUUCUGCUUGCCUCUGUUACAUAAUUGUACUUGAAAGUAUAAUAACCACCUAAACUGCUGGGCCUGAUUCUCUUUGGCUGACAAAUUGGUAUUGGUGGUUCUUUGUCUAGAGAGAGACAAGCAAUUACUGAGAUUCUGCCUUCUUCAGACUUUUACCAAAUGCAGCCAAUGAUGUCCAAAGAGUUCAAUUGGAGAAACUUUUAUUUUAUUUUAAAAUUGAAAUGGGCAGCAAGAUUGAAAUAUGGAGACUUCUGCCAUAUAUUUGCAUGUUCUUCUGCAGGGCAUGUUCCAAAGACACAAGGGUGAUCUUCAUAGCCCAUUUAAGCUUCUUUGCAAUCUAUGGUAGUUUUGUUUGUGCCUACGUCACCACACCCAAACAACUGUCUAUCCUGAGGACCUCUUAGAAUCAACAUGGUUUCACCAUGACACUGCGAGUAUUUUAAAAUCUGUGGCAUGCUACUGUCAGGAGCCAAAUGCUCUUUCUUGAUUGCCACUUCGUUAUGUAUACCUCUAGUCUAUAAUGAUCCCAAAUAUCUUCAUUACAUAAUGGAGAAGCCUUUAACUAAUGGUUCUGGAAUUGGGCCACAGACAAGAAAACAAGAUACUGCAGCAUGUUUCAUGAUGUAGCCAUAACAUGGGUUUGUUUGCUGGAAAAAAAAUUCUUGGGCACUUGAGGAAAAGGUGAAAUGUUCUAGCUAGCCUCUAUGUCUAUCAGAAGCAAAUAGUUUUGAGCAGAGAUAACACACUUCAAAGAACAAGAAUUGGGACACCCCUAGAAUUUGCUAGAUUUAUCCAAAAGGUCCUUACAUGAGGGUAAUGGUGCAGUUCCACCCCCACUCCCAUUUUCCUCAACUUUGUAAUACAGAUUUGAAAUAUACUACUGCUUUUGAGGUCAGGCAAUAAUUUGUUUUGUUGGAUUAUGGCUAUCUUAGCCCUGCCUUCCCUAGUGGAUUUUUUUUUCUGACCACAUGUUCAGGUCUGGUGCCUACUUUACUCUCGCAAUGUUGGAGUGCAGAAAUGGUAAACUAGUGAAGAUAAUUAAUAAAAUCAUGGACAUAAUGUGCACAUUUCUGCUCCAUGUCUACUAUCUUGCCUAGCAACUGCAAGGUGCUUAAAAGUCCUCAACUCCUGUCAACAGGAACAGUGUAUGGCGUCAUCAUUUCUUCGGAUUCUAGGGCAGUUGUGACUUUAAAAAAAAUGGAAGGAAAUGUCUCUCUCCCAGCGUGCCUCGUUUUUGCUGAAAGUGUAUUAUUGGGAUAACAUUGUCAUUCUGUAAUGUGUUUAGAGGCAGUGAAAUGAUCCAAAAAUGUUGUAAGCACUUGUGUGCAUGGGCAGAGAUUUUUUUUAACAUAACCAGCUACAAUAUCUGAGUGGAGUUAACUGAUGUAUGCAAUACAUUGAGAUUAAAAGUCUGGAUGGUUAAA